AUGACCCCUGUCAGAUGCUUCAGAUGUGGGGGAUCUCACUAUGUCAAUCAAUUCCCUCAGACUGACAGCAGGGUUUGCUUUUCGUGCCAGCAGCCAGGGCACCUUGCCAGAGAUUGCCCAGUUUCUUCGGGCAGGGCUGCUUCUUCUUCAGCGAGUGCUUUGCACUCUUUUAGACCGAGAGCAGUGAGAGAGCCGCAUCAGAUUAGGCCUCGAGCGGAAGGCCGAGUAUUCACUACUUCUGGAACGGAGGCAGCUCGAGCCGCUGAUUUAGUUCAUGGCAGAGGAAUAGUAGCAGGUACUGCAUUGUUUGUUAUCUUUGAUUCUGGGGCUACCCAUUCAUUUAUUGCCAAUGUUUGUGCCGAGCGGUUGAAGUUGUCGGUGAGUGACUUGGAGUGUGAGUUGGUAGUGUUUACGUCGGCGAUGCAUUCGAUGACAAUCUCAUCUGUUUUCUUAGGAUGUCCGAUUGAGGUUGAAGGGUAG